CAUCUAUUCAUUCAUUCAUUCAUCCAUUCAUCAUCGAAUUCGAACUCCAAUUUCUCUUCUCUUUCGAAACCCUAAUCCCCCAAAUUCAUUCAACCAUGGAACAAGAAAAGAGCCAUAGAAUGUUCAAUCUAUUCGUGAAGCACUUGAACGGUAAAACCCUAACCCUAUUAUUCCCUUCUCCGAUCCUUUCCGCUACUUCAAUCAAAGAUCGUCUUUUCCAUCUCACCGGAAUCCCAAUCCAACACCAACGCCUCGUCACCGGUUUCCGCCACCUCAACGAUGAUAAUUCGGAGAUAUGUUGUUCGCCGGAAGGUGGAAACAUGUUCCCCUCCGUUCGUCUUCUUCUUCGUCUGAAAGGUGGGAAAGGAGGAUUCGGAUCGUUGCUUCGUGGAGCAGCGACGAAAGCUGGGCAGAAGAAGACGAAUAACUUCGACGCUUGUAGGGAUAUGAGUGGGAGAAGGUUGAGGCAUGUUAAUGCGGAGAAGAGGUUGGAGGAGUGGAGAGAAGGGGAAGAAGAUAGGAAGCUUGAGAAAACGGCGGAGGAGUUUUUGAAGAAACAGAUGAAGAAGAAUAAUAAGGGGAAGGGGAAGAAUGGUGAUGUUGAGGCUCAGAAGUAUGUUGCUAAGUAUAGGGAACAAUCUGAACGUUGUGUUGCAGAGGUUGCUGAGUCUGUUCUGGAUUCCAUUCGAUAUGCUAAGCGUAAAUCUUCACCUAUAUCGGAAGGUUCUCCUUCUCGUGAUCAGAAGAAGUUGAAGAUAUGGAUGGGGAAGAGGGCAUUGAAUGAAAGUGAUGAUGAUUCUGAUGGAGAUGUUACUGAUGAUGAGGGGGAAACUGAGAAAUCUGUUUUGUUAAAUAGUCAGAAUGAGUCUGGGUUAAAUAAGGCUGAAGGCAGUUCUGAUUCUGUGGCCGGUUUCAAGCGGGAUGGAGACUCUUCUGGGGUUGGUUCGUGUGAGAGUGGAUCCGAAGAAGAAAAGGAAACUGUUGUAGAAGGCAAAGUGGAAAUUGUUGAAAGAUCCCAGAGUACUGAAAGUAUUGAGGCAAAACCGAGCAUUGCUGCUGAAACCAUGGUAAAUGAUGAAAUGAUGGAGGCUAAUGCUGUGCCUUGUUCAGAGACCUUGGAUUCUUUAAUUAGUGUUCAAGAUAAUGAUUAUCAGGAUAGCCAGGUUGGUGGCACCGGUGCUCAAGUCUCAAAUGUUGUGAGCUCUGAAAUUGUGUCCAAUGACAUGGAAAUUGAUGGUUCUCUUGAGCAUAAAACAGUGGUCAUUGAAGAAAGCUUGCCAAGCAAUAGUGUUCCAGCAAAGAAGGAGCCUCUUAAUUUUGAUGCUUUUAAUUCAGCUGCAGAACUUGAGGUUCUUGGCUUGGAAAAUUUGAAGACUGAACUCCAGUCACGCGGGUUAAAAUUUGGAGGUACAUUGCAGGAACGUGCUGCAAGGCUUUUUCUUUUAAAAUCCACUCCCCUGGAUAAACUUCCGAAGAAACUGCUAGCAAAGAAAUGAAAUAAAUGAAAUGUACUUUGAUAUGUACUAAUACUAAUACUAUGCAAUAAUACUGUUACCAAACUGCCAACAGACAAUGUAUACCAAGUGUUUUUUUGUAUUUUGAAGAACUUCAACUUUGCUUCUAUUAGAUGGUAAAAUAGUCGUAGAUUCUAAUUA